AUGGUCCUCCCUCCUGGGCUGAAGACAGCCAAAGAGGUCAGAUUCUACUACGAACAGAUAGUAUAUCCGCCUCUGAUUUCUUCGGGCAACUACCGACCCUUCGUCUACCCAUGGGCGAUAGCAGGCUUCCUCGUGGUUCUGGCCUAUCUCCUGGUUGACCACAGGAAGUCACCCACCCUGCAGUCGCUACGCUUCCCGCUGUUCGGUCUUUUGUGCGCCUUCUCGGCUUGGUGCGUGAUCAAUAAUCGAGGACGAAGCUCAGCAGCAGCAUACGGAGUCGGGCUUCUGUCAGGAUGGGGCACCUUAUUCACUGCAUCGAUCAUGUUCUUCAACGACUGCCAGACAGACUUCAAGCGGAUCGAGCGUGCAGAUGCUGCAGCACUUGCAAAAUUGAACGCUACGCGGCAUAAAAGCAUAUCCGUGAACGGAUCACUCUCGAACGGGACAAUUGCAACAGCAGUUAGUGGACCAACGCAGCACGACUUGGAUGAUGCAGACCAAUUGGCGACUCAGUAUGCUUCGCAUCGCAGAGGUCCUCUCUUCUGGCAGUCGUAUCCUGUGCAAUCGUUUUCUGAGCGCUUGGACUGGAUGCUCGACUGCUUCAGCAACUUUCGAGGUGUAGGCUGGAACUUUCAGACAUAUGGAGUUCCAUCGCCUCCACUCUGGGUUGAGGCGGAGCUGAGGAAUACUGCCUCGAAGAAGGAAACUAUUGCCCGGACGAGCACUAUGACUGUGAGCAAGACUGGCAUUCGUCGGUAUACUGAUCGCAAUGCGUUGCUCAAGGAUGUUCUCAUUCGCCUCGCACUCGGCUUCUUUGCUCUGGAUCUGGUCAAGACAUUGAUGCAUCACGAUGCGUACUUUUGGGGCUAUAUGGAUGCUGCUCCUCCCACUUGGCUGCCGGCCUACGUGCAAAGUUCUUAUAUCCUUGUCAAAUCCUACCGACUUCUGUUGUCACUUGCUGGCAUUUGGGUCGCGCUUCUGGAGAUCUUCAGGCUUGGUCCACUUUUCUUUUGUGGUAUACUUGGCCCAAAGGUACUCGGCAUACGAGGCGAGCCGUGGAUGAGCCCCAUGGACUUCUACGGGAACUUCAAUGCAGUGCUUGACAAUGGCAUAGCAGGUUGGUGGGGAACGUGGUGGCAUCAGAUCUUCCGCUUCGGGUUCGAAGCACCAACAACAUCACUUCUCAAGCUGCUCGGGGUGGACAAGAAGUCGCAAGCAGGGAAGCUCAUGUCUAUGUUCACGGCAUUCGUGCUGUCCGGUGGUCUCCAUGCUUGUGGAAGCCAUACACAACUUGGUGACACCCGGCCGUUCCUGGGCCCCUUCCGCUUCUUCUUGCUACAGCCUUUUGGUAUCUUAGCGCAGACCGCCACGUCUGGCUUGCUCAAGAAAGCUGGCAUUGCGGAUAAGGUACCGAAGUCUUUGCGGCGACUCGGCAACUUCCUGGCCGUGUUCGCCUGGAUGUACUUCACUGCACCUCUGCUGGUCGAUGAUUUCGCCAAGGGUGGCGUCUGGCUGUUUGAGCCUCUCGCAAUCAGUCCACUGCGUGUAUUAGGAUAUGGUGCGAAAGACGACAACGGCUGGGACCUGUGGUAUGGUCUGGUCUUCUGGCGAAAGGGUAAGCAUUGGUGGGAUACAGGGUUGGCAUUCUAG